CAUUGGUCCCUGAGAAGCGGCCGCCUCCUAUUGGCUGAGCCGCGGAAAGGGGGCGGGCAAUCGCGCGCGCGCCGCGGGAGGAGCCGCGCCGCGGUCUUAGCGCCGGGCCGCGGCCACCUGCGAGAAAACCCGACCGGAGGCCGGAAGCCCUCGGAAGUCACGUGCUCCCCGGGCCGCGCGAGUGAUUGGCUUGGGAGGACGCGAAUGAUGCCGCUGUGAUUGCUGAAUUGUCCGGGCAGGGUUUGGAGGCUGAUAAGCUCUGGUGACCUGUGCACCUUCUGGAGGAAGAGGAGGGAGAGGCCUACUUUCCCUAGACUCUCGUGGUCACAACCCCAUCCGAGCCCUGAAGGCCCACCUCAGGCGUCAUCAACAUGGAGUUCUGAAGUCCAUGUGGCUCCUCACAGUGAACCAGCACCAGCACCUCUUUACCACACAUUUCACCGCUGCCUGUCACAUGAGGACUUUCUCCGCUUCUUGGCCUCAACAUCCGCAUCCACCAGAUGGGGUCUUAAGGAAAAUGCAGAGGCGCCACAGCAGUAACACGGAUAACGGUCCACCUGAAAGAAAUCGCAGCCAAGCACUCAGCUCCGAGGCGAGCGUGGAUGAAGGCGGUGUCUUUGAGAGUCUGAAGGCAGAGUCGGCCUCCCCACCUGCGCUCUUCUCCGGCCUCCCUGGCCUCCCAGCAGGCAGCCUGCCUGCCACCCCAUUCCCGUCCAGCCUGGUGCUGGGGGCGUCGGCUGGAGGCGGGGACGUGUUCAUCCAGAUGCCUGCAUCCAGGGAGGAGGGCGGGAGCCGGGGCGAGGGGGGCACCUAUCACCACCGCCAGCCCCACCACCACUUCCACCACAGUGGCCACCGCGGGAGCUCGCUGUUGCAGCAUGUGGGCGGGGACCAUCGUGCCCACUCGGAUGAGGGGGGUGACGAGCAGCCGGGGACGCCCGCCCCUGCCCUGUCCGAGCUGAAGGCCGUGGUCUGCUGGCUCCAGAAAGGCCUGCCCUUCAUCCUGAUUCUCCUGGCCAAAGUGUGCUUCCAACACAAGCUCGGCAUUGCCGUGUGCAUCGGGAUGGCCAGCACCUUUGCCUAUGCCAACUCCACGCUGCGAGAACAGGUCUCUCUGAAGGAGAAGAGGUCGGUGCUGGUCAUCUUAUGGAUCUUGGCCUUUCUGGCAGGAAACACCCUAUAUGUGCUCUAUACAUUCAGUUCUCAACAGCUGUACAACAGCCUCAUAUUCCUGAAGCCCAACCUGGAGACACUGGACUUCUUCGACCUGCUGUGGAUUGUGGGCAUUGCUGACUUUGUGCUCAAGUAUGUCACCAUCGCCCUCAAGUGCCUCAUAGUGGCCCUGCCCAAGAUCAUCCUGGCUGUCAAAUCCAAGGGAAAGUUCUAUCUGGUCAUUGAGGAGUUGAGCCAGCUGUUCCGAUCGCUCGUCCCCAUCCAGCUGUGGUAUAAAUACAUCAUGGGAGAUGACUCCUCCAACAGCUACUUCCUAGGAGGGGUCCUGAUUGUUCUCUACAGCCUCUGCAAGUCAUUUGACAUCUGUGGUCGAGUGGGCGGAGUUAGGAAAGCCCUGAAACUUCUCUGCACCUCUCAGAAUUACGGCGUCCGGGCCACAGGGCAGCAGUGCACAGAAGCCGGCGAUACCUGUGCCAUUUGCCAAGCUGAGUUCCGAGAGCCUCUGAUCCUUAUGUGCCAGCUGGAUUCAAAUUCUUGGGAGGGUUGUCCUAGAUCUAGGAGCACUGGCCACACGCAGCAGUGGUUGGAACCCACAGUCCUGGCCAACCCAGUGUCGCUCUGCUGCCGGGAGCUGGGCCUGGACUAGCACAGAUGAUUUCAACAGGUGUCUCACACUUAAUGCUUUAUAGCAGGCCUUAGCCAUUUCCAUCCUUCCAGACACCUUGUGGGGGAAACAGUGACCCUCUUUACAGAGAAGGAGGUGAGCUCAGCAAGAAGAAAGGCCAGAUUUGCCUGAGGGCUCCUUUCUCCUCAGCAGCAGAACCAGAUUCCAGCCCAGAGCCCUGGAUUUCAGAGGCCAGGACCUUUCUACCAGAUGCAGCCUCUGGCUUUGGGAUGCCCUCUAGGCUGCAUUAAAAGAUUAGAGCCCUUUUCCUGGAAAUUCCUGCUCAGCUAAGCUUGUGCACAUCCUCUCCAAGGAGUGAAUGAACAGCUGAGCUGGAAUCAGAUUCCACACCUGACUCUUCGACCCUUGCAUUUACGCAUCAGGUACUUUCAAGCAGUGACAACGUCCCAGCACCAACUUUGCAACCCUGAGCAACACAUGUCAUUGCAGCACUAACCCUCUGUGUCCUCUGUUACCCAGGAAUGAAAAUGCUUGCCCUGAGCCGCUUGCAGGCUCUUAAAAUAUAGUCCAAUGAGGUGACAUGUAUAUCUGUGUAUGGGUUUUGAAAAGAAUAGCCUGUAAGGCCAAUACUCAGUGUAAGUGUUUAAUUCUAAAUCUGGACAAAGCUGGCUGGGUUUGUGUGAUUAAAGAGGAUCUGUGGUUAGGAGGUGUGUGUGUGUGUGUGUGUGUCUUGUUUGAUAGAAGCCCCACUUUCAGUAAUGUCAUUUUCACAGUCAAGUGCUACAAACACCCCUUCCCACAAUCUCUAUGUGUGACCAGUAUGCAUCAUAGAACAUAAUGGGCGAGAGUACUGUAAAGUCAGAUACCUCUUGUAUCAGUUACCCAUUGCUGCAUAACAAAUUACUCUAACACUCUGUGGCAUAAAGCAACUACCAUUUAUCAUCUCAGAGUUUCCAGGAGUCAGGAAUCCAGGCACAGCACAGCUGGGUCCCCUGCUUCAGAGCCUCUCCCAGGCUCCCAUAACAGCCAGGGUACCCUGGGGGAAGGAUCUGCUUCCAAGCUCAGUCACAUGGUGGUGGCAGGAUUCAGUUCCUUGUGGGCUGUAGGACCAAGGGCCUCAGGUCCUCACUGACUGUUGUGGCCAAAAGCUACCUCAACUUGCUUGUCACACUGACUUCAUCAGAGUGAACAUGUGAGAAGCCCAAGGAAGAGUAUGAACAAAAUGAAAGGCACAGUCUGCUGUAACUUCCAUCUCAGAAGUGAUGUCCCAUCAUCUUUAUUCUGUUGGCUUGAAGCAAGUCCCUAAGUACAGCCACACUCAAGGGGAGGGGACUGGCUACACAGGGUGUGAAUCCCAGGAGGAGAAGAUUACUGGGAGUCAUGAUAGAAGUCAGCUUACCACAUCUCUGAAGUAUUGAAUUCCAGCCUCACUACUUAGCAGCUGUGUGCCCUUGGGCUGGUGGCUCUCCUUCUCUGAGUCUCACUGCUCUGUGAGCUGUCAUGAGACUGUACAUAAAGGACAUUAGAAGUGCCUGGCACAGCAUUUGUGCUCAGUGAAGGAUAAGGCCUAUGAUUAAUCAUUACUUGUACUCCUCACCUGAACACAUCCACCUAGACCUGGCCUGGCUGCUUCCUUUUUUUUCUCAGUUCACACCAAACCCCAAGUGCCAGGCUAGGAGCUGCCCUCUCUCACUCAAAUGGGGGUUAACUACUGUGGUUUGGGGGGCUCUUGUCCCAAGAUAAGAUCUCUUAUCUCACUUUACCCAUCUGCUCCAAAUCUUUGAGCAAGACUUGGGGAGUCUGGAUGGAACUCAGGGGGAGGGGAGGGUGACACCAGGGGCUCCUCACCCACCUCUGUGCUCCAGGAGGCACAGCCAGGGAACAGUCAGUGACCCAAUGCCACCUGCCUUCCCCACUGACCAUAAACCCACACGAUCCUACACUUCCAAGCCCAAGAGGGGCCCCUCCUUCCCUUCCCUCUAUAGGGUCUAGUCCUUCUCUCCAGAUGCUGGGGGCAGGUCCAAGAUGGUGACCUUCUCCAGCUGGACUCCUGGGUUGAUGUGUGUUCUUCAGACCUCUUUAUUUGGCACUGGAUCCCAUCCUGCCUCAUUGUCUGAGAAGGAGACUGUGAGCUCCCAGAGGGCAAGAGCCAGGUCUGAACCAUCCUGGUAUCUCCAGAAUCUCCCACCUGACCUACCUGGGAAGGCAUUCCUUUGUCAGCUACAUUUAUGGAAUCCCUGGUCUGUGCAGGCUCAGGGCUGGGCAGUGGGAACACAUCAACAGUUGCUACCCUCAUGAAGUUUGCCACCCGGAGGGUAUGUCAAAUGGUAAAGGAGCAGUUAGAAGAGUGGUUCUCAAAGUGUAGUCCAGGAAACCCCUGGUGUUCCUUUUCAUUUUCAUUAGCUCAUGGAGUCUUGUGUUUUCAAUAGAGCUUAGUUUCCAUUUCUAAUACAGCAAAUAUAGCCAGAUUUGACCCUCAUAUAUAAAAGCUCUUUAAGAUUAUCAAUGAUUUUUAAGACCAUAAAGACAGGGUCUUGGAACCAAAAUAUUUGAGAACUACUGAAUGAGACCUGUGAGAGCCUCCAUGAAUGUUUUAUGGAUGACAGAAUGAAAAGCUGCCCCUUUCCCAUUCACCUGACACAGGUAUUGAGCUUCAUGUGAACAGGGCUUGUGUUGCUUUAUUCUAUGUAAGUACCUCCUUUUCCCAGGGAACCAGUUUAAGUCUCCCUCAUUUGUUGAGCAGACAUUUACUGAGCAUCAGCCACAUUCUCAAGACCCUGUGGGCAGCAUGGUCCCUGCCCUCCAGAAGCCCUUAAUGCGGUGAACAAGAUAGAUGAGUUUGCGGAUCAUUGUAGAGGCAUGAGUGUGAUGUUGUGAGAGGGUCCUCCCCAGGAGGACCUGAAAGGGAAAGGCACAGUCAGCACUUAGCUUUGCUGGGCACUGUAUGGCAUGGAGGAGGUACAUCCCGGAGCAGGGGAGGUGUGAUGGCUUGGGCUAAGUCUUCUAAGAGGAGUAGGCACCUACCGGCUGCUAAGGAUGGAGAAAGGCCAUAAGGGCAUCCCAGACUGACAUUACAGCUUGCCCAGAGGCUUAGCAGUAUGGAAGAGCUUUGCAUUGCAAGUCAUCCAGUGUGUCAGUGACAUCAGCUACCCUGGGGUGGAGACAGGGUGGAAGGGUGAGGAGAAGGGGGUAGAGAGGAGGGCGCCAUUAUGGAGGGCCUUGAGUGCCCUAGGUGGGAGUCUAGAGAAGUUGCUGGGCCUGCUGAACCCUGGGUCCUGCCCUUCAGACCGUGGUGAGAGUCCAGGCACAGCCCUUAAGGCUCUGUGGCCUGCUCACCUCCUGCCGCCCACUCCCUACACUCUCCAGCUAUAGCCACAUUGGCCAUCCUUGUGUGCCUCAAUGCCUUCCCAUCUCAGGGGCUUCACACAGCUGCUCCCUUCAGCCUGGAAUGCACUAUCCCUACCCGCUCUCUUCACCCAUUUAACUCCUAAAUGUCCUUCAGGCCUCAACACAAGUGUGCCCUCCUCCAGUAAGCCUUCCUGACUACCUCCAGGAUUAGACUGGUCCCCUGUUGCAUAGAGGAUAAUGGAGCUCUCCUUUAGAGCACUGUUUACAAGUAGGCACCUACUAUACACUUUACAACAAGGUUACAAUCUGGCACUGAGGGACAGAUAGAUAGGUAUAAUGUAAUAAUAACUCUUACUAUGUGAUAGCCAACAUUUAUAGCACAUUUGGUGUUUGCCAGGCAGGGCUCUAAGUGCCUUUUUAAUUUAAUUUUUUAAAACUUUUUAAGAAACACUGUAUUUGGAUUUUCAUAUUAUCAUUUUAAAUCAUCGCUUUUCUUUUGAAAAAUUGCAAAGCCUCAGAGCAAAAGGAUAGUAGAAUGAACACCCUUUUAUCUUUCAUCUGGAUUCGCUAAUCAUUGGCAUUUUACAUUUGUCUUUUCUUGAUGUUAAUGAUUUUCCCCCUAACCAGUUGAGAAUAAGUUGGUGACAUUUUGAUUCUUUAUCCCAAAAUAUUUCAGUGUUCAUCUUUGAAGAACAAGGACAUUCUCUCCCGUAACUGUAAUUCCACCGUCAUGCCCAGAAAAUUUAA